AUCAAGUCAGAUGUAUUGUUACAUUAUUAAAUUUCUGAAAGAUUCAGAAUUAGCUAAAAGAAUAUAGGGGGUUUGUUCCCCUCGCCCUUAUAGCGUUUGUUCCACACUCCAGCCCAGUCGGUGGCGGUAAUGCACCUUUUAAGUUGGUUUGCCAACCGCCAUAAAACCUUAACGAAGAAGAAGAACUCUUUGUUCCGGGUGUUAAAGCUUCAGUGUGUGUGUCGGUAUCCGUGUCUUGUCUUAAGUUUUGUGAUUGGCUGCUAUGAGCGACUUUUAUAUUAAACCAGGGAAUCAAGAGCGGGGAUGGAAUGACCCUCCACAGUUCUCCUAUGGCUUGCAGACCAACCCUGGUGGACAGAAACGGAAUCUUCUUAACAAGAGGGUUCCUCCACCUCAGCUCUCAGCUCACAAUCCUGGAUCAGGGUUACAUCCCUCUCCAGCCAUUAAUUCAAUUCCUCCAAGUAACUCAGCGCCUCCUCCAGUGGGUGGAUUCACUCCCCCUCCUAAGAGUAACAUUUCUUCAGGUGGAGUAGCAGAUUCGCACCAGUCUUCUCUGAAGAACCAGCCUGAAUUGACUAUACAACUGGAGAAUGAACCAAACCUUAACAGUGUUCAAGCACCACUUCUCUGGGCACUGACAGCAUGCCGGCAAACUGUAAAGAAACAGGUGUGUGACGAUGUUGAGAGGCGAUUAAAGAUAUUUGAAGAGAUGUGGAGAAGUGGUAAACUCUCUCUUCCGGUCAAAUGUAGGAUGAAUGGACUUUCCCAAGAGCUGAGUGAUAAGAAUUGGGACAAAGCAGAUGAGAUCCACCGAGCUCUGAUGGUGGACUACGUUAAUGAAGUGAGUCAGUGGAUGGUGGGUGUCAAGCGUCUCAUUGCAGAAACUCGCAACCUGAGUCCAGAUCUGCUCCACACAGAAGUUAUGACUCCAAGCAAGGCCUCUGCUAAUCCAUUGCAAUGAGGAUGUGUUUUAGGCUUUCCUCCGUUUCUUCUGAGCCUUACUGAUUACAGGACACUACUCCAUUAAACCCUUUUUCCUGAGCUGCUAUGACUUAUGGGAGAGAGAUUUUGUGUUAAUGCUGCAAUACCGCAGUGCUAUUAAUACUAUCAUAAUAGUAUAUGAUAUUUUGGCAAUUUAUUACUCUUUAUAUCACUGAUUAUAUGGGUAGAAUGUGAACUGAGCGAGGGUUAAUAUCGGUGAAAGAUGUUAUGGUUUUAAUGGACUUUUAUGAAUUUAUGGAUAUACUAGUCCAUCUCAAACAACUAGAAUAUAUCAAUUUUUUUUCAUAAUUUAACUCACAAAGGCAAACAUUCAUGUGUUCUAUACAUUACGUGUCAAGUGAAAUAUUUCAAGUCUUUUUUGUUUUAAUAUGAUUAUUAUGGCUUAUACAUCACGAAAAUCAGAAAUCCAGUAUCUUGAAUUAUUUGAAUAUUUCUUAAAAUCAAUCAAAAAAGGAUUUACAAUACAGAAAUGUCAAAUUUCUGAAAAGUAUGUUUGUUUAUACAUUCAAAUGCUUGGUUGGGGCUCCAUGAAUUACUGCAUCAGUGUGGUGUGGCAUGGAGGCAAUCGGUCUGCGGCACUGCUGUGGUGUUAUUGAAGCCCAGGUUGCUUUGAUAGUGGCCUUCAGCCUGUCUGUAUUUUUGGGUUGGGUGUUUCUCAUCUUCCUCUUGACAAUAUCCCAUAGAUUCUUUAUGGGAUUCCGGUUAGGCAAGUUGGCUGGCCAAUCAAGCACAGUAAUGUCAUUUGGUAGUAGUUUUGGCACUGUGGGCAGGUGCUAAGUCCUGCUGGAAAAGGAAAUCUGCAUCUCCAUAAAGCUUGUCAGCAGAUGGAAGCAUAAAGUGCUCUAAAAUCUCCUGAUAGUUGGCUGCGUUGACUUUGGACUUGAUAAAACACAGUGGACCAACACCAGCAGAUGACAUGGCACCCCAAAUUAUCACAGACUGCAGAAACGUCACGCUGGACUGCAAACACCUUGGAUUCUGUGCCUUUCCCCUCUUCUUCCAGAUUCUAGGACCUUGAUUUCCAAAUGGAAUGCAAAAUUUACUUUCAUCUGAAAAGAGGACUUUGGACCACUGAGCAAUAGUCCAGUCCUUUCUCUCCUUAGCCCAAUGCUUCUGACGUUGUCUCUGGUUCAGGAGUGGGUUGAUAUUUGUAGCCCCUUUCCUGAAGAUGUUUGUGCGUGGUGGCUCUUGAUGCACUGACACCAGCCUCAGUUCACUCCUUGUGAAACUCUCCCAAGUUCUUGAAUCUGAUAUGUCCACAAGUGCUAGCGGCUGGUGGUGUUCUGUGCCUACAUAGACAGUCUGCACUGAAUACUCAAUCCUGGGGAGAGCCUUGCCUUUCAAUGUUCAAGCGAUUUUAUAUGUAGGUUUGUUUGUUUGUUUAAAUACAUCUCCGCUGCCCAUAAUUUGCUGCAAAUCCAACAAGUUCACUGUGACAUUGUCUUCGAUUCAGGUCUCGCAUGACUGGAAACAAUGCCAUAUUUGUUAAACGAUUCUCAUGCUCUGAUUGGCUGAGAAGGACCACGUGACCACGCCGUAGCGUAGGUAGUUAUGUUACACCAUGUAGUUAUGUUACAGAGCCAGGCAGCAUACUACAGAGGGUAACUGAAAAAGCAAAGCAUACACACAUCUGGAGGGAAAUUUCACUCAUAUUUUGUAAGUAUUUUACAGGGAAAUGGUUAGCUGAGAAUGCACCAGAAGGCAUGUAAAUUUCAAACUUUUCUGGGGGGGACCAUGCCCCCAGAACCCCCUAGCAUUAGCACACCUUAGGUAUGCCACAGCAGCUUCGUCACUGGAAAUUCCAGAGCAACCUACUACUUUUUUUUUAAGCCGGCUACUUCAGAUUUUCUAGAAAACCCCGUUGAAUAGACUUUUCUUGACAAUCCUGUCAAGGCUGUGAUCAUCUCCAUUGCUUGUGCACUUUUUCCAGCCAGCCUUUUCAGCAGUGACCGUCUGUGGCCUACCCUCCUUGUGGAGGGUGUCGAUGAACAACAUCUGGACAACUGUCAAAUCAGCAGUCUUCCCCCAUGAUUGUGGUUGUAUGUACUGAACUAGACCAAGAGAUACAUGAUAUUUACUGUUUUACUCAAGCUUGAAAUGCUCUAAUAUUUUGAGGUGUGUGUGGGUUUUAUUUUUAUUUAUUUAUUUUCUGUGCUGUGGGCCAUAAUUAUCAAAAUAGAAAAAUACUUAAAACAUUUUAGUUUCAGUGUAAUAAGUCUUAAAGAUGUUAAAUUUUCAGUUUGUUAAAUAACUGAUGGAAAAUAAACUUAUUAUUAUAUUGUUUGAGAUGCACUAGUAGUUUUGUGUCAGUAAAGGCAACUUUCCAGAUCUACAGUCUUAGAGAAUGAAAUUGCAAUACCAUAUUAUGAGAACAAUAAGUUUUCAUUUUUUCUAUGCAACUAUACAUCGUCCCCAACCUCCGUGUUGGGGUGGCAUGACUGUUUGUUUCUACUGUUUUCCAUCCUUUCAUCAAAUUGUUGGAUAAGUAAUGUAUAAUUAAAUAACUGUAAAGCUA